UAAAAUGGUGAAGAAUCUGCUGUAUUUCCAGGGAAAACAUUUGACUGGUGGUUUGAUAGUGUUGCUUUUUAAAAAAAUUAAAGGUCAAGCUGUGGUAUUUCUACUUGCUGGUCUCCGGUUCCUCUCUGGAGGUUCCUUUGUUCUCUUUCAUGCACCAUCCCCUCCGGUUGCGGAUCUCUGUCCUAUACCUGGGGUGUUGCUGCUUCAGGGCAUGCCAGGCUGUCCUGGGACGUGCGGUGCCCUUGUCCUGGCAAGUUCUUUGGGGUCAUCUUCCCCCUUUGCAACCCCAGGAGCUCCCUCUGGUCUGUUGGUGAAAAGCUGUUGAUUUAUGAGCUGGAUUCCUGUUCUCAUUGGGGAGCUGAUCUCUGUGGAGAUUUGGAAGCACAAGGUCUUUCCCGUGCUGUGCCGGCUAGAGGACUUCAAGCCGAGAAGCACUUUCCCCAUCUAUGUGGUUCUGCAUCAUGAAGCCUCCAUCAUUAACCUCUUGGAAACAGUGUUUUUUUACAAGGAGAUCUGCGAGUCAGCAGAGGACAGCAUUCUGGAUUUAAUUGAUUAUUGCCACCGAAAACUGACCCUGCUCGCAGCUCGGAGUACCAAUGGACAGACAGCAGCCCCAGUGGAGCUUCAUCCCAAGGAUCUGGCCAGCUCCUCAUCCAUGCAGGAGCUACAGCAGCAGGCAGAGACAAUGGAGUUUGAAAUUUCCCUGAAAGCCCUGUCCGUGCUGCGGUUCAUCACCGAUCAGGUGGAGAGUCUGCCCCUGAGCGCGCUGACACGGAUGCUGAACACCCACAACCUGCCCUGCCUCUUUGUUGAGCUGGUAGAGCAUUGCCCCUGGAGCUGCCGUGAAGCAGGCACGCUCAAGAAAUUUGAGAACGGCACGUGGCACGUGGUGCCCCCUGAAGACCAGAUGAAGAUAACCAAACUCGAUGGGCAGGUAUGGCUUGCCCUCCUCAACCUGCUGCUCAGCCCUGAAUGCCAGCGCAAAUACCACUUCAACAGCUUCAACAAGAGCCAGCUCCUCAAGCUCUGUACGUUCCUGACGGAUGUCCUCAUUGACCAGCUGCCCAACCUGGUGGAGUUGCAGAGAUUUCUGAGCUACCUUGCAGUGACAGAGCCAGCUCCCCCCAAAAAGGAUCUCAUCCUGGAGCAGGUUCCUGUCAUCUGGGACCACAUCCUCAAGAAAAACAUGGGGAAGUGGGAAGCCAUUGCCAAGCACCAGGUGAAGUGUGUGUUCAGCCCCACUGAGGAGGAUCUGAAGCUCCAGGCACAGAGGUGGGCACAGACCUAUAGCCUGGACACGAUGGAGGCUUUGGCCCCUGACAAGCCCCGCUGCAGUGUGUGUGGCAUGGAGGCAGCCAAGCGGUGCUCUCGCUGCCGGAAUGAGUGGUACUGCACACGGGCAUGCCAGGUCCAGCACUGGCAGAAGCACAAGGCUGCCUGCGACUUGAUGGCUGGGGCGCCAAGGAGAGCGGACAACCCAUAAGAAAAGCAGUGACUGGUAUCUGGCCUGUGCCUCGGCAAGGCAGAAGCUCCUCCUGCGUGCAGCCCAGCAACUGGAGAGGAGAAGCCAGCAAAGGCCACUUCUCCCUGCUCCCAGCCCCGGGUGGUGCUGGCUGGGCUCAUCCUCUUGUCUCCCACCUCUGUGCUACACAGCCUUCUCCAAUAAAUUUCCUUGUGCACCCCACUGCUGCUUGG